AUGGUAGCUCCCCAGCAGGCUCGAGAAGUCCGUACCGCCCAGCUAUCGGCUCAGGAACGCGAGCGGAUUCUCAAGCCAUAUCUUCCAAAGACAAACCAAGGAGCGACUCAUCAGCAACGGCACAAGCAACGAAUACGGCCUGUCAUACGGAGAACAAUCCACAGCCUGCUAUUCGCCAUAAUCCAUCUCAUCUUCAGCAUCUACAUCCGAAUCAGGCAGGCGUACCAUGCCGUGCUGGGCCAAUUGCUUGCAGUGCUUUACUACCACCAUCGGACUCCAGAGCUGAUCAAGCGGGACGUCUCUGGCCUCACGAAGGUGCCCAAGCACUUGAGCCUGAUUCUUGAUCGGCGCGAGUCUCUUCUCGACGAUGUGUGCGAAUCUGCCGCUUGGAGCGCAUGUGCUGGCGUGUCAAUGCUCUCGAUCUACGAGAAAACCGGCAUUCUCAAGCACUCUUUGCCUCACCUACACCGUCGCAUCGAGCGGACCAUGACCUCGUACUACGGCAACUCUCCCAACAAGCCUUCAAUCUCGCUUAGGGCACCGCAUCUUCCAUCCUACAGCCCUCCGACAUCUCCAGAUCCGUCCAUAAACGGACACGACGGCGUCUCAUCGCAACGCCCACACCUGACGAUUCUUCUCAUCGACGCUUCCGAUGGCCGCCAGACCCUCGUGGACCUCACCAAGACCUUGGCGGAAAUGUCACAGCAUGGCAAGCUCUCGCCUUCAGACAUCAGCAGCAAGUUGAUUGAUGCUGAGAUUACGGAGUCGGUGAUGGGCGAGCCAGAUCUGCUUAUUUUGUUCGGGGCCAAGAUAGUGUUGGAAGGCUAUCCACCAUGGCAGGCGAGGCUGACGGAGAUUUAUCACGUUCAAGACCAUGCUGGUGGAGUGGGCUACCAUGUCUUUCUGAGAGCGCUUCGAAAGUACGGGCAAGCAGAGUUCAGAGUCGGGCGGUGA